AUGAGAGCACUGCUGGCGGUGGCGACCAUGGUGGCCACUGUCUUCUUGUCCAUGUCGUCGUCGUCCACGCACGCCCAGCAGUGCGGCACGCAGGCCGCCGGCGCGCUGUGCCCCAACUGCCAGUGCUGCAGCAUGUACGGGUGGUGCGGCAGCACCUCCGACUACUGCGGCAGCGGCUGCCAGAGCCAGUGCACCGGCACCUGCGGCGGCGGCGGCGUGGCGUCCAUCAUCUCCGAGUCCGUCUUCAACCAGAUGCUGCUGCACCGCAACGACGCCGGCUGCCCUGCCAACGGCUUCUACACCUACGCCGCCUUCAUCGCGGCGGCCAACUCCUUCCCGGGCUUCGGCACGACGGGGGCGAGCCCCGACGUCCAGAAGCGCGAGCUGGCGGCGUUCCUGGCGCAGACGUCGCACGAGACGACGGGCGGGUGGGCGACGGCGCCCGACGGCGCCUACGCCUGGGGCUACUGCUUCAAGGAGGAGAAGGACGGCGCGUCGGGGCCGGACUACUGCGAGCCCAGCACACAGUGGCCGUGCGCCGCCGGGAAGAAGUACUACGGCCGCGGACCCAUCCAGAUCUCCUACAACUACAACUACGGCCCCGCCGGCCAGGCCAUCGGCGCCGGCAUCCUCGCCAACCCGGACCUUGUCGCCGCCGACGCCACCGUCUCGUUCGAGACCGCGGUGUGGUUCUGGAUGACGCCGCAGUCGCCCAAGCCGUCGUGCCACGACGUCAUGACGGGGCAGUGGACGCCGUCGGCAGCUGACAUCGCCGCGGGGAGGUUGCCGGGGUAUGGCGUCGUCACCAACAUCAUCAACGGCGGCCUCGAGUGCGGCCAUGGCGCCGAUACCCGCGUCGCGGACAGGAUCGGGUUCUACAAGCGCUACUGCGACUUGCUUGGGGUCAGCUAUGGCGACAACUUGGACUGCGCCAACCAGAUGCCCUUCAACAGCUCCUAA